AUGAAAAAUGAAUGUUUAGAUGGUAUAUUUAAAAUACUAUGUUAGUAAAAUGGAUCUUGAGUUUAUAACAAUAUUUCUAAGCUCAGGAUUUUCGAAUUCAAUUGGGCUGGAAUAAUCAAAUUAUUUACUAUUUUCAAUCUCCAUAUUAAAUAUCUACUAAUAAAAAUCUAACAGGAGAGUACUCAUUGCUAUCUAAGUAUUCUAAAAUAGCCUUAAAAAUAGAUUUAUCUAAAUAUAAAAUGUAAGAUUCAAAAGUAUAAUUUUGGAAAUUUGUUAUUUGGGAUAAUAAAUGGUUUCAUAUAUGCAAAUGAAAAAUAAAGUUUACUAAGAAUAAUUUUGAUUGGUUGGAGUCCAACAAUUUCUAAUGCUUAAGCAAAAUAUUUUAUUUAUAAUAACCUAUCUAUCAAUUUGGUUAUGACAACUACUUUAGAUAAAAUGCAGUUAAUGAAUUUUGGGGAAUCAGAAAUUUUAAAUUAUUUUAUGGAAUUUUACAGGAAUGCAGCUAUUCUAUUAUUUAAGCAUUUAUUUUUCCUUUAUUCAUAAGAACUAUGCAUAUUUAAACAUCAUUACAUGCAUUUGAUCAUCCUUUGUAAAAUAAAUUGAUAAUAACUGAACUCGGAAUCUCUGUGAAUCCUGACUAUGAUGAUACAAUAACCGUUGGCUCUUCAAUUAAAAAUUGGCAAUCUCAAUCAUUUGGAAAUGUUUUUCCUUACCUAAAUUUAUCCUUACAAAAUUACAAAGCACAGACCCAGAUAAACAAAACAUGGACAGCUAUUUGUAAAAAAAACGAUCCAAUUAAAUAAAUUUUAGGUGGUUUUGGAAAGAACAAUAAAAUAAGAAUCUUAGCUUAUAAGCUACUUCAACAUCGAUUAAGAUAAGUUAAAUAGUAGUAUAAAACUUAAACUAUAAAGUAAUACAAAAUUAAAAUUAACUGA